AUGAGGGAAAUAGGAGGAAAAAUGGCGGAGCUGAAAUUCGAGGCACCCUUGGCGCAAUUCGAGGAGACCGACGAAUGGGGCGUCGCAGACUUCCACCCCCAAAACAUCAAGGACGACGUCAAAGUGGUGCGCGACAAACCCCCCCAGGAAGUCCUCAACACGCCGCAGGAAGCCAACAACAACCAGGAGUCGAGCCCGGGGCCGGUGAACGACAACGCCAAUGCGAAAGUGUGCGUGGUUCAGCAUACAGCUGCCUCAGUCGCCGACAAUUUUACGGAAACUUUUUCGGGAUCUCUGGAGGAUUUGGUGAAUACUUUCGAUGACAAGAUUACGCGGUGUUUUUGCAAUUACGAUGAGUCGGUCGAGAAGCUGGCUCCAGUGCAGGUGCGAACCCAGGAGGAGAUCAUGAAUGAGUGCCAGAUGUGGUGGACUAUCACGGGCAAUUUCGGCAACAUCCUUCCUAUAGACUGGUCAAAAUCCUAUGCAAGGAAACUCCACAUGCCGGCACUCAAUCUCAAUGAAAAUAAAGACAAACUAAUGGUGGAUGAUGGAGAACUAAGCUCGGAAGAUGAAGCAGUGGCGAGCGACUUGGACAUGCACUCUCUCAUUCUGUCAGGACUCAGUCAUGACACAGAGCCUGUCAAAACUGCCGAAGAAGUCAUCAGAGAAAUCGAUGAUAUGAUGGAGGAAACCACAUCGACUGAAUGCACCCCAGAUUCUGAAUGCCUCGAUUCUAUGGAUCCCCUUGCCAGAAAAGCCAAAGAAGUUGUACAUUCUCCAUUAUAUCAAGACAAACUGAAAACCCUGAGCGUGUGUCAACUGAACGAUCUCUACUUGGAACUGGAGCUACUGAUCCGCGACUUCUCUGAGACGCUCAUCUCAGAACUAGCUCUUCGCGAUGAACUAGAGUACGAAAAAGAACUGAAGAACUCGUUCAUUUCACUGCUGCUCGCCGUUCAGAACAGACGUCGCCAGCAUCAUGUGGAGAAGAAGAGGGGUGGACGGGCGGGGGGUGCUAAGCCCCCUAUUGAGUCCAAGUACUUGACUACCGUGAUACCGUACCAUUUGGAUAGUGGUCCAUUGGACAACCAGGCACUACAAGUUCUCAUCAAGAUUCUGAAAGCCAUCAAUGAUGACAGCCCUACAGUUCCCACGCUACUCACGGACUACAUAUUGAAAGUACUAUGUCCAACAUAAACACCCAGAUCACCUCCCCCCCACCCCACUACCGUCGUCUACUAGCUUGCGAUAAAGUGAAAUGAAAAAUACUAUUCUCACAAUAUCUCUGUCUUUGUCACUCGCAUUAUGUAAGCAGCUGAAUAAAAAAUGACAACACAGCUUGUAACUAAUAAUAUUAAUAAAUAGUAGUUGGUAAGUUUAAAAACUAGUAAUUAAAUAACUGUACAUAGAAAUUUUGUUUAAGCAUAGAUUGUAUUUGCUGUAUUUAUGUACUAUAGCAGGUAAGAUUUUUUUAAUCUUUGGCGUAACUUCAAGAAAAUUUGAAGCUUAUUGAUAAUUUUUCGAUUUUUUUGAGAAGUUUAUUCUAAAUCUACAGUGGGAAUCAAAUAUAAUGAGGUCAGUUAAUUUCAUCAAAGAUGUCCAGAAUAUAGACCUAUAUGGAGGCCCAAUGAGAUCUAAUUUUGGAGAUACACCGUAAUGGAAUAGAGCAUUAACCAGCAAAAUUAUACGGAAUUAUCUGAGUCACUUGAGAAAGAGUUUAUUCCAGUUAUGAUUGAAACCUAACUUACUAUCGUUGUAUUUUGAUUUCUACUGUAUUUGCGAAUAAAUCUUCCGAGACUCACACUGGAUGAAAACCAUUGAUAGAUUAAUAAAUGUUUGGUGUAAGUUGUAUGUAAUAUUUUGAUCAAAUUGUAAUGAAAUGAGAAUAAUAAAUGUAAUUUGUAAAAUUAUAAUUAUCCUGAAAUGUCUGUUGUGGUGGAAAGCUUUGUAUGUGUUCAUUGAUUUAAAAAUAUUAUGCUUUUAUUGUGUGAUUUGGCUGAGAAGCUUCUCGUCAUACAAAUUAUGAGUAUUCAUUCUUGAAAGUUCAUUCAUUGUUUGAAACUACAUGUCACUUGAAUGAAUUCAAAGUAACAGCAGUUAACAGUUAACAGAGUCAAAACAUUUCGUAUAAUCAUCAUCAUCAUCAUUGCAUCCACCCCCUUUGUCAUUCACAUAUAUUAUUAUUACCUCUAAUAAUUCUAUAAUGUAUUUCAUAUUUCGUACAAUUCCAAUAGAGUAAAACAAUCCCCGAUAUUUAUUGAUAUUGUAGUAUAAAAAUAUUUGAACUGAUUCUUUCCAAUGUGUUUCAUUCAUCUCUUCUUAUGAAUAAAAAGAAGGACAACAAGUAAAAGAUAUAGAAGAUCGAGAAAAAAUUGAAUGAUUUAUAACAUAGAAGCGAAAUUCAAGAAAGAGACAAAAGUCAAAGGAAAUUAACGUAACAAAAAUAACAGAAUAAAGACUUCAAUUGAUCAACUUGCAAUAAUUUUUUACCUUCUUAUAGAGAUUAAAUUCGUUUCAGGCUUUUGACCUAUGAAAAUAUUAUUCUAGAGUAAAUUUAUCCCACUUUGUAAAUUUUAUUGAAGCUCUUAGCUGCAUAUUUGUUCAGUGAAAUGUCGCUUAUUGUAUUUUCCAGCCUCUAUCUUUAGAUUAAUAUAAUUAUUAUUGAAUGUAAUGAAACAUAAUAAAAACUUAUUGUGAUGAUUUAUUACUUUAAAUAUGUCGUGAGAACAAUCACAAUUUCUUUCAAUAAUCAGUGGAUUAUAUCAUAUUAUUAUUGCAAUUUUUAAAAAAGCGAAUAUAUUACUCAUUACUACCAAUGAUAAUAAAUACAAAUUCAUACUCCAUAUAGUUAUAAUCUUCUAGUAAAUUCAUCAACAAUAUUUUUCGAAAUUAUAGCCUACUAUCAUGCAUAUCAAAAACAGAACAACAUAAAGUUAUCUCUCAAUAUUUUUUCGAAUUUCUAUCUAAUGUUAUAUUUAUCAUCUGUGAUAUUUUGUAUGUUUUAUUUGAAGUGAUAAUCAUUUAAUGUUUUUUAUUAGUGUAUGUUUGUGAGUUUCUAUUUGUAAUGUAUUUAAUUAUCAUGCUUGACAAUAUAUUCAUUUCUAGACUACAUUAUUCAACAGAAAAAUAAUAAUUUGUUUCAAAAUAUUUUAUUGAUUGAAAUUCUCAAUAUUUCUUUGAAAGCAUAUAUUUUUUGAGGAACGACCGAAGAUAAGCUAAACUAUUAGCCUACAUUACAUAAUAUUAUUAUGUGUCAAAUGAUCUAUCAUACUAUUUGUAGUAACUUAAUAUAACAACUGUUACUAUUCAUAGUGAUAGGUAACUUAUUGAUCCACUAUAUUUCUCUAUGUAACAAGAAUUCAAAAUAAUAUUAGAGGGAUCAUAGCCCCGGUUUAGUAAUCAAAAUAUUUUCAAAUACAGGAAAAUUUGAUCUAGUCGUACUGAUAAUGUUUUGUUUUUGUGUAAAUAUACAUUUAGUGAAUGAAUAUUACAUUAAGAUGGUCAUGUUAUAUGCAAUAUCAAUAUGUGAUAAUAAAAGUAUUCGAAAAUCA